AUGGAGUCCAUGAGACGAUAUCUCGUUCUAAUCUUGGUGGGAAUAUUAUGGAGCUGCGUACUAGGUCUCCAACGACCACCACCGAGAUAUUCUCAACAAUACAUGCCGGAAACCUCGUUCUCCUGUCGCAACAAGAUUGUCGGCAGCUAUUACGCGGACCCUGAGACCGACUGCCAAGUCUUCCAUGUCUGUGUCUCUGUGGCUGGUACUAUUCAGGACUACAAGUUCCUUUGUCCCAACGAUACCGCCUUCGAUCAGGAGAGUCAAACUUGUGCAGAUUGGUAUGAUGUGGAUUGCGAGGCCGCGACCCUCUACUACGCCAGCGACAACUUUGACUUGUAUAGAAUUGGUUCCGGUCUGGAAUCUGUGCACUACGAUAACUUGCGUAGUGACGCUGAGCCCCAAGACCAUCUUCAGCGUAGCGAAAGCAGCGACGCGGUUCGAUCCUCCGCGAACGCUGUGAAUCGAGUAUCUUCGUCUAACUACAACAAUCGCGAGAUACUGCGAGGUAGCAGUAGCGGCAAUUUGUACAACAGAAACAACAAGGAAGAUGAAUAUGAUGAUAAGUUGUACAAGGAAGAACAAGACAACAAGAAAAAAGGCGGUAUUCGAAAGGCCAGUAGGAAGCAACCGUACACCGGCAAUGGUAGCAGCAACUAUUCGCCAACGUCCACCACGUCGGCACCAGCCGUGCCUAGUCAGAACACCUACAACGGCAAUUAUUACAACAGCAAUGCGUAUAAUCAACGAUCUACGACAUACGCCCCGUCAACGACCGUCCGACCUCAAGAGAACUACAACAAGAAUCAGAACACGCAAAGAUAUAGCGCACCGUCCUCUACGUAUCGACCUAGUACGACAUACCAGGAUACAUAUAACAACUAUCAAUCACCCAGCACGACUGCCAGAACAACUUCGAACAACGCCUACAAUACAAACUUCUACAAUCUCUACAACUCGAACUACAAUCAACAGAAUACUGGUAGUUCCGUUCCACAGAAUACUGGCAGUUCCGUUCAAGCUACAACGCUGAAACCAAGCAGCUACAAUCCGAAGACCAGCUAUCAGACUUAUCAAUUCGCGCCAUCCACCACUGUUCAGCCGAGUACUGUAAAUUAUCAGACCAGCGAUUACACUAAUUAUCAACAGAGGAGCUACAACAAUAUCCAACGAGGAAGCAGCGCAUCAGUUGCGCAUCAGUCUACCACGCCCGCACCUACAGCUUAUAACCAUAAUUACAACAACAACAACAAUAAUGCUCAGUACAGACCAGCCACGUCCACUAGUCAGGACAUUUCUCAAACUACUGCCAAAUAUUACGCCAACAAUUUUGCAAGUAACAGUUAUGCACCCACAACUUACAGCCCAGCAACGAAAAAAUACGUGAACGUGGACAAUACUGUCGCGCAGACCGCUUUGAGGAACAAUGAUAACAGCCAAUAUUACGACAAAACGAGUCAAGCGAAUAAGCCUUCUACUCAAUACUACGAUAGCACAAAAACGCCCAAGAAGGCAACUCAAUAUAAUAAUUAUGACAACGCGAGUAGCGGCAAGUCGUAUUAUAUCGAAACGAGCACGGCGGGUAGCUUCAACCUCGCGAGAUCUUCCGUGGGAAUUGGUUUCAGCCCCGCAAGUAUCAAUCAUCUCGCUGAGUCGCCGAAAACCACCACGCCGGUACCAAGACGGCCUUCUAGCGCUACCACAUAUAACCCAAAUAACUUUAAUUCCAACGCUCAGAGAACCGUUCAACCGACAACGACGUCACGUGGAGUUACCUACGUCAGCGGAUCCGCGAGACCGUUCACGUCGACGACUAGAUUACCUAGCAGCAAUAACAGCAACAGCCCCAGCAGUACGACAACACGACCAAAAUCGGGCAAAAAGAACGAUUACGAUUACGCGUAUUACGAUAGCACGGGUGGUCUGGAAUAUGACGGAGUCGACCUUGAGCAUGUCACCAGCAACAAAGAAUCCACAAAAAUCGCGAGAAAUUAAAACAAUUUCGCCUCGUUAUA